AUGAAAAGUGCAGCACUUUUUCUCCUCUUUUCAUGGAUUCCUUCCCUUUUUCCAUGUGAAGUCAGCUACAUCAUUGAGACUUCCCGCUCCAUCAACUCCGCGGACAACCGUAUCCUUCAGAAGCCCGUCGAUAGCCUUUCUCAGUGCACAAGAUUCUGUUCAUCGGUUUGAUCUUCUUUUCACUCUCAAUAUUCAUAAUUCGUUGUUUUCAGGUACAAAACUGCACGCAUUUCACUUUCUCAGCAGCCGAGAACACUUUCAAUUGCCAACUUUUCUCGGAGGCAAAUCCCAAAUCGUUCGUCAUAACGACGCCCGGAUCGGAGACCAUCGGAACGAAAACGUGUUUGGAAAGUGAGUAAUUGACGGGUCAACGAACGAAUUUCGACGUUUUUAUUGCAGACAAAUGCCUGAAAAGAAGUUUCGCUUUCGAGAAAUUCAGUGGGAAAUCGCUGUUGAACUCGUCAUUCAUCAUCAAAACGUUCUCGAUUCCCGUGGAACAAUGCUUGUCACAAUGCCAGAAUGAGUGAGAAAACAUUGAAAUCAAAGGAUCGAGGGUCUUGUUUCAGUUCUUCUUGCCGUGCUGCCUUUCAUAACCAUGACACAUCUCUCUGCCAACUGUCGAGAGUUUCUCUCAACUCGGUGUACAAUCCUCGGUUGUACUUCAAGCAGAGUAACUCGGUCAAUUUGUACGAGAACAACUGCAUUGACUGUAGGCGUCCGCCGUAUCGUACUUAUCAAUUUCAUUUAAUUCAGACACGAUGACUGCUUCCAGUUGCACGUUUAUGCGAGUUAACGGCGGCGGACUACAGAAAGUCAGUGAUCAGCUAGUUAAGAAAGUGACGAGCACGGACGAAUGCGAGCAGAUGUGCCUCGUCAGGACGCGCGUUUCAGAUCCAUGCAGGUAACUUUUCAAGAGAUCCUAUUCAUCCUACAGAUGCCUUCCACUAUCAGAUCGUACACUUUCGACAACUCCACUCUUGAAUGCCAUCUCAUGUGGUCCUCAGUCAGAAUGUUGGGAAGAAGUCCCUUGGAGAACAUGAAAUCAAAUCUAUUCCAUGGAGAUUUAGACGACUGUGUUAAUUGUGAGUGCUUUGUUAUACAUAACAUCAGUGUCAUAAAAAACGUUUCAGUUUCCCUGAGAUGUCGAGAGGACAGUCUCGAAAUCAAAGCAAACUCAAUGCGAAUGUUUGUGUGAGUUUCUGAAAUUGAUUAUGAAAACGUAGUGAAAUUGUUUCCAGUGGGAAGAUGAUGACCAAGAAAUUGAAGAAAGUUAUGUGUGAGGAGGAUUACGGAGGGAAUUACGACUUCUCCUCGAAGUUCGACUUCAACAAGUGUGGGCUUGAUUCAACGGUGAGAGAUUUCAGUCAAGCUCUCAACUAUUUCAAACAUUUUAGAAGGCGAGAGAUUCAUCGUUCAGAGGAAUGGUUCAUGUGAAAGAAGGAAGCACGAGUCUGGUUACGAUAAGAGACAAGGUGCUUCAGGUGAACUGCAGAAUGCACAAAAGCAUGCCAUCUGAAGAACAGUCCCUUUCUGUCCGGAUGAAUGUUCGUGAGAAUAACCGAACGGAUCAGGUGAUGUCCGAUGACGUCAUCGUCACUUCCACGUCUUCUUCUGCUUCUCCGAACCCCAAAUUCUCUCUCAAAGUAUUGGGCCUAGACUCUACCGAAGCAGAAGCUGUGCACAUCGGAGAUUUCGGAUGGAUAAUGUUGACCGUUAAAGACUCGGCUGAAGAUUUCACAGUGACCAACUUAGUGGCGAGAGACGUGAUCACUGGUCGAGUGCUUCGGAUCAUUGACGAAGACGGGUGAGUCGUCGGACGGUAAUUGCGGCUGACCUACCGCUUCUUUUUUCUUCAGGUGCGUUCUCAGACGGGACAUUGUCAAGGAGAUCCGCAAGACGGAUAACUAUGUCAAACUAAAGAUCAGCUUUUCCGGAUUCCGCAGACAGGUUAUUGUUCUCGCUCUCUCCUAACCAAAUAUUAUACGUUUCUUUUUCAGACAGAAGUUGUCUACCACGCAAUGGUGGAAACGUGCACUUUGGGAUGUAUGCCCAAAUGCAAUCAGGAUAUGAUCAUACCAGAAGAGGAGUUCAACGUCAAAUCAACUACAUUAUCCCUCGAUUUGCCACGUCAUCGAAUGGUUCGUAGAUCGAUUGCUGGUGAACCGAGACAAUUGCACCUGACUAGCGACGUGUACAAAGUGACCGGACAUAAGCUAACCCUGUUGAAUCCCCCGAAACCAGCCGAAUUCUCCAAGACUCCACAAGAGUCGAACUACGAGUUCAAUGAGAACGGAGAGUUCCACGACGGAGAUGUGAUGGUUGUGAAGCACGCGGCGAGCACGUGGACCAGUGUCAAACACUGCUUUGUCGAUGAUGUCACUUGUCUUCUGACUGUCAUUUUAGGAGCAAUCCAAAUGUUUCUAAUGUUCUCCUGCCUUCUCAUAAUGUACUGUUACUAUCAGCAAUGGCGCUUCUAUCGGGAAAUCAACCGACCGCCCGAUCAUAAUGUCCAGUAUUACCGGUCAGGAUCUCCCAAACCUCAAGAGACGGCCGAGCAAACAUGA